CUUAAGCCGGGUCCAGACGAGUGUAAUGUAACACGUAACGUAACGCGUAAUGCAAGGCGAAUUCUUUGUGUGGACGCUACUGCGAGCAUUACCUGUAACGCUCGCCCCACCGUUCGACCGGAUCCAUCGGGGUGUCGGUUUUUUGUGCGAACACAAAGGCGCUCGCAGUUCUCGUUUGGACGGCGUUCGUGACAGUUGUGCAGUGUGGACGUUCAUGAUGUGGAGUGACGAACAGUCGCUUGAACUUAUUGGUUUAUACCAAGGAAAACCAGAAAUUUGGAAUCCUAAAAACCCGGAUUAUUUCAAAAAGAAUCUGAAAAACGAUGCAUGGAGUGAAAUUGCCCUUUCAUUGGGAAGAGAAGUAGAAGAAUGCAAGAACAAAAUUAUUAGUUUGCUGGCUUCACAUCGAAGGGAAAGAGGGAAAGUAAAGAAGAGUCAAGGUACCGGAACAGGUGUUGAUGAAACAUACAAAAGUACAUGGUUUGCUUACGAGGCGCUCGCAUUUUUAGGGGACAGAAAUAACCCAAGAAAACGUCUUAAUACUGAGAUUGAACCGGAACCUACAGCAUCUACAAGUGCAGAAAAUGCUUGCAGUUCAAAAUUUAAAUCCCCGACCACUCUCAAAAAAUAUAAAUCAGAUGAAAAUAAAAAAAUGGGUAUGCUUUCCGAAGCUCUUGCCGUGCUUAAGACUGCGGCGUCUACUCCUACUCCUGACCCCCAAAACAAUAACCCAAAUAAUUGGGAUAAUGAAACCUUCUACUUUUCCAAUUUUAUAUGCAGCAAGAUGCAACAAUAUAAUAGGAGUACCAAGAAUGCAGUGCAGCGAGCAAUAAUGGACGUAAUUUUCAAAGCCGACGAAGGAUGCGCUAACUUUCCUCAAAAUUCACAACUGAAUUACAGCAGGUGUACAACAGGCUCGAUUCCUUCGUCAAGAUACUGCAAUGCCGCACCAUAUACUCCACCUAUUUCCUCGGAAUCAUAUACUCCAGGGUAUACAACAGGUCAAAAUAUCUCUACAAGUUACGCUCCUCAUCCAUAUAAUUCACCUCAUCCCUCAGAAUCGUCCCAAACUUCGAUUGAAAAUGCAGAUUUUGUGGAUGAUCUGGUUUAAUAAAUUAUAAUUUCUUAUGCCUCUAUAAUUGCUUUACAAACUUCUGGUACUAUGCAGGAGAUGGACUGUUUUGAAACUCUGAAAGUGUACUGAAGGCUAGUGUAUGAA